GUUGGCUUCGUACGAGACGGUUACAACAACGGAUUCCGGAUCAUAAGAAAGAAAACUUGCGAGAUCUGAGAGACAACCAGAAAGUCGAGACGAGUUGAAAGAAAGGUGUGCUGCGCGAGUCUCGGUUUUUGUGGAAAAGCGAGCGGGAAAAAUCGUGUGUGUUCUGCAACACAGAGCGUGAAGUGUAUAGCUUUUUGUUUAUAUUUUUUUUUUUCUAUUAUUAUUUUGCCUUUUUUUUUUGUUGUUGUUUUUGGGUAAAAAAAAGAUGCGGAAAAUCUUAUCCGUGAAAAACGUAACAAUAAACAACGUUAACUUACCUAUCGAUUUCAAUCUAAAGAGUGCGCUGUGUGACACUUUUUCCUUCUAAGAAAAGAAAAAAAAAUAAUAAUAAUAAAAAAAAUUAUAAGAAGAAAAAAAAUUGUUUAAGAAAAACAGGUGGCAAGCUCACCUUGCACUCACCUGUCGUACGGAUCACCUGGCGGCGGUCAUGCUGCCUUAGUUACAACAGCAACUACAACAAAAAUAAAUAGAAAAAAAAAAGGAAAAUUAGAAAAAGAAUAUUUGAAAUUGUGAAAAAAAAUUCCCAGCAAUAUAUAGAGCUGGCGGAGAAGGAGGUGUAGCACCUGGAAGGCCUAAAGUGAAAAAAAAGCCAUAACCCAUCCAGGAUGUCGGACAUUUAUUAUUGCAGUAACAGCCAGAUGAAAAAAUCGCGGGAAGCGGAUAAGACAAAUGCAAAUGCCGCCAAUAUGGCGGCGGCGGAUAAAAAGAACAACAACAACAACUGCAGCAAUCGCAACAAAGAGAAGAGCAUCCAAACAAAUGGCGUCGCCAACAAAAAUUGGAAGGCCAUCGUCCAGAGUAAUCCCAAUCCCAAUGGCGGUGGUGUUGGUGUUGGUGGUGGAAUAGUGGGCGUGGGUACUACAGCUCAGCCACCAAAGGUCUUCCACAACACCCGAUGUACCCGUCAUCACAAGCCCCAUCACAAUCACAGUCACAGUCACAGUAAUGGAACGGGAACGGGUUCGGGAACGGGAGCACCAGUCACUGGUACGGGUGGAGCAGGUGUUGUCACCGGACUUGGCAACUCAUCCGGCAAUGGUAAUGGAAAUGGAGUAACUGCAUCCAAUAAUGGCGUCAAUCUGGAUGUGGUGCAGAGAGAAAGGGAACGAGACAGAGAAAGGGAGAGAGAUAGAGAUCGAGAAAGAGACAGGGAACGAGAUCAUCACCUUCAUAUGCAUAAUAAUCACAAUCACGGUGGUCUCCGACGGAAAUCGGAAUCCGUACUCUCCACUGACUCGGAUAUCCGGUUUACGCGCCGGAAACUGGGUGACGGGCAGAAGUGUGGAUGCGCCGUAAUAGCCGGCUUCCUUAUAGCCCUCCUCGUUGCCGGAGCAUUUGUCUAUGUGGGUUACACUUAUUUCCGACCGGAGCCUCUGCCGGAUCGGGUAUUCCGCGGCAAGUUCAUGGUCCUGAACGACAGGUGGAACAUGGAGCUGGCCAACCAGAACACGAUGCGUUUCCAGCACAAGGCCCGGGACUACCGGGAAAGGAUCAAUCUCACCCUCCGGCGAUCCGAUCUGCGAGAGGCCUACGAGGGCAGUGAGAUAUUGGCUCUAGAUGGGAGCGAGGAGAGCAACAACAUUGUGGUGCAUUUCAACAUGAUCUUUGACCCGUACGCUGGUUCGGUCAGUAGCGGUGACCUCUUGGCCCUGUUCCACGAGGAGAUGACCCAGCCGGAGCAGCACCGGCGUCACUUCGCCAACAUGACCGUGGACGUGGCCAGUCUGAGCAUCAAGGAGACCACCGGACUGCUCGAGGAGCCUGUGAUGUCCAGCUCACCCCUGGGCGGACAUGAUGAGACGACAGAGCCUGUGAUUACGACGACUCCAUCGCCACCACGACGCUGUUAUCCGCUGGAGCUCUCCUAUUGCCGCCAGUUGGGCUACAACAUCACCACAUAUCCGAAUCUGUUGGGGCACACCAGCUACGAGCAGCUGGCGGAGGAUGUGAUCCUGUUCCGGGAGCUGGUGGACGGGGAGUGCCAUCGGGAGGCGUACGAUUUCGUGUGCCGACUGCUCCAGCCUCCGUGCGACACCCAUGGCGUCAAUCUGCAGCCCACGCCGGGCCAGAUCUGUCGGGAGUACUGCGAGUCCUUUAUGGCCGGAUGCGGGAGUCGGUUGCCCACACGAUUCCGGCACUUCUUCGACUGUGAACGCUUCCCGGAGUCGACGGGCACCCAGUCGUGCCACCAGAAGCCGCACUGCGUCAGCGACAUGCAGUCCAAUGUCCAGAGUCCCCGGCUCUGCGACGGUUAUGCCGAUUGUCCGGAUCUGUCCGAUGAGCGGAGUUGCGCCUUCUGCUCCCCCAAUGCCCUCUACUGUGGGCGUGGCAGGGCGUGUGUGCCGCGAAAGGCGCGCUGCGACGGCAAGGCGGACUGUCCGGACGGAGCCGAUGAGAAGGAUUGCCUUUCCAUAGCUCCUUUGGCGGCGGAUCUGCUGCAUCCGGAACCCAUGGUGCCCUACCUCUCGCGCUUCCACUCCGCUGGCUAUGCCGUCUUCUCGGAGAAGGGUGUGGUGGGGAAGCUGUGCGCCGAGGGACUGGAGGGAGAUGCCAAGCUGGUGGUCCGCCAGACGGUCUCCGAGUCCUUGUGCAAGUCCUUGGGAUACGAGUCCGUGGAAAUCUUCGAUGUCCAAAAUGAUACGGAACAGUUGUCGGACUAUGUGCGCGUCCUGGAUCCUCAUGCCCCGGAGAUCAGCUUCAUUCGGACGCACUGCCCCCGCCGGCAGGUGCUCUAUGUGGGCUGCGGCGAGCUGCGGUGCGGCGUCCAGUCCGCCCUCUUCAACGCCAAGCAGCACCUCUCCCUGCCCAAGAUGUCCUCGCCCGGAGACUGGCCAUGGCUGGUGGCGCUCUUCCGCGAGGACAUCCACGUCUGUGACGGGACACUGAUCUCCCAGGACUGGGUCCUCACCACCGAGGGCUGUUUCCAGGGCCAGCCACGCGCCACCUGGAUGGCCAUUGUGGGGGCAGUGCGUCUCUCCGCCAAGGCGCCGUGGACGCAGAGGCGUCGCAUUAUCGGGAUGAUCAAGAGCCCCGUUGAGGGUUCGACGGCGGCACUGGUGCGUCUGGAGACGUCCGUCAACUACUCGGAUCAUGUGCGUCCCAUUUGCCUGCCGGAUGCACUGCAGCGGCGGAAACUACAACAGCCGCCGGCGCAGCGGAGAUCCCAUGUGGUCCCAGUGGCAGAGCGUCUGGAGGGACAGCCGGCGGAGGUCACGCGGAGUCGUCUCACGCCCGAGAAUCAGCAGUUCUUCUUGAUCCCGUCCAAGGAGCAGCUGGACAGUGCCACGGAAAACAGCAGCGACGAGGAGGAUUCCGAUCGGGAUCUGGAGGAGGAGAACUUUGGCGGGGAAGCGGCCGCCUCGUUUAUGCCCAAGGCGGAGGCCCUGCAUCAGGAACUGGACGCCUAUCCGCUGCCGGAUCAUGCUCCGCAGGUGAAUUACUAUGCGAGUGGAGGGGCGACGGUGACUGCUGCCGGCGCCACCUCGCCAGCCGCCAGGACGGCCACCAAGGCGCCCACUCUGGUAGCGGCGGCACAUCCGCCCGAGCAGAUCUGGACGAAUUGCAAUACCCUGGGCUGGUCCCGGCAGCGGGAUCACCUCCAGAGGGUCCAGCUCAAGAUCGGGGAUAUGGCGCCCUGCGAGAACGUCUCCAUUGCCACUGUGAACUCCAUGUGCAUGGAGGCCACCUAUCAGAAGUAUGACUGUACGCAGGAGGAGUACUCCGGAGCACCCGUCCAAUGCCUGAUCCCAGGCACCAAUCAGUGGGCCCUCAUCGGGGUAUCGUCGUGGAGGAUCGCGUGUGGACCGACGGGCGUGGAGAGGCCCAGGAUGUAUGACAAGAUUGCCUCGAAUGCCGCCUGGAUACGCGAGACGAUCAAUGCGGUGUAGUCGCCGGAAGAGUCCACAGGAUAUAUAUACAUAUGUAUAUGAUAGCAUUUUUGUGUAAAAAAAAAACGGAACCAAUCCUACAUGGGUAUUACGAUUGUAAAAAAAUAAUAUAUCGAGAGGAGGAGAUGGAUAACCACUUAAAAGCGUAACACUAACCUGUCCUAAAUGUUACUCGAUGCCCUAACUCCAAUCUAU